GCUACGUCAUAGUUGGUGCUUAUCUUGGCGAGAGCCGACUUCAACAUCUACUCUCAUGUAAUGGAAAUCAUAAUGGGCAACCAGUUGCUUUAGCGUAAUAGGUCUCCAAGGACAAUUGUUCUGCACUGAUAGACUUGCAACAGGGAGAUGCAGCAUUUUGUAUAUGACAGAAUACACUCAAUUACUGCAUUUUCAUAAAAAAAAAAAAAAAAAAAAAAUAAUAAUCUUCAUUGAUGUGAGGAACAGCCAUUGAAACACAAUAGAUUGCUACAUAUUUUUGGUAAUUAAAUUUUUUGCACAACCUUUGAAGAAGCACCUGUAAAGAAAUAGAUGAGUCGUGAUCAUGCAAAGAGAUUGUUUGGGCACUGUUGUUGGAACUACUAAGUACAUAAUUGGACUACAGGUAUCUUUGGUUCUGUAAUUUUAUCAGAAUUACAAAUUCUGGUUUAAAUCCAGUUCAUUUAAAUUCAGUGCAGCUUUGUAAUACAUCUGCUUCAGCCUUGAUGGAUGUGUCCACUAUUGAGUUGUGCUUGCUUUAUUUAUUGAUUUAUACAUCAACACUGCUUCAAAUGGUAAUAUUGAGAGAGAGGGGGGGGGGGGGGGGGGGUGUUCAGUCACAAAAUAGCAAACAAACACCUCCGAGCUAAUAGAACAUUUAAUAAAAAGAGGGAAUGAAUAAAUAGUCCAGAAGCACCUAUUAAUUACAAAAAAAAAAAAAAAAAUGAAUGACUGUAUUAGCAAAGUACAAAAAAUGAAGGGUUAUUUGAACUGGUAUGAACUGUGUGUUCCUGUUUAAGUAAGUGAAUGAUGGCCCAGUGUUUUACUUCUCACGUUUCUUUCUGCGCUUUGUGUUUCCCGGCAGGUAUGGCCUCGCAAGUGCAAGUAUUUCCACCACGCACUCUCCAGUCAAGUGCCUUCUUUAGUCUAAAGAAGCUAAAGGUGGAGCCAAGUUCUGACUGGGAUAUGACAGGGUACGGCACUCAUAACAAAGUGUACAGCCUGAGCAGCAAGAACAUACAAGCCACCCAGGUGGCCAUUAACGCCUCUACCCUUCCCUACGAGCAAGCGCUUAUCUUCCCAGCCAGCACCGGGCACAUUGUGGUAGCCUCAGCCAGCAGCACUUCCGGAGCAGCCAGCCAGCUGCUGGGCAUUACCUGUCAUAACCUGAUGCGCCGCAGUACAGUGAGCCUUCUGGACACGUACCAGAAGUGCGGGCUUAAACGCAAGAGUGAGGAGAUCGAGAACAACAGCAGCGUCCAGAUCAUCGAAGAGCAUCCGCCAAUGACCCAGAACACAGUCAGCGGGGCCACUGUUGCCACGGCCACCAGCUCCACGGCAACCUCCAAAAACAGUGGCUCCAACAGCGAGGGGGAUUACCAGCUGGUCCAGCAUGAGGUUGUCUGCUCAAUGACCAACACCUACGAGGUCUUGGAGUUCCUUGGCCGGGGAACCUUUGGGCAGGUGGUAAAAUGCUGGAAGAGGGGCACCAAUGAGAUUGUGGCCAUCAAGAUCCUGAAAAACCACCCUUCUUACGCCCGGCAAGGGCAGAUCGAAGUCAGCAUCCUGGCCAGGCUGAGCACUGAAAGCGCGGACGACUACAACUUCGUCCGGGCCUACGAAUGCUUCCAGCACAAGAACCACACCUGCUUGGUCUUUGAGAUGCUGGAGCAGAACCUCUACGACUUCCUGAAGCAGAACAAGUUCAGCCCUCUCCCCCUCAAGUACAUCCGACCCAUCCUGCAGCAGGUGGCCACGGCCCUCAUGAAGCUCAAGAGCCUGGGGCUCAUCCACGCAGACCUCAAGCCUGAGAACAUCAUGCUGGUGGACCCAGCCAGGCAACCAUACAGGGUGAAGGUGAUAGACUUCGGCUCGGCCAGUCAUGUCUCUAAAGCUGUGUGCUCCACAUACUUGCAGUCCAGAUAUUACAGGGCUCCAGAGAUUAUCCUCGGUUUACCUUUCUGUGAAGCAAUCGAUAUGUGGUCGUUGGGAUGUGUCAUUGCAGAGCUGUUUUUGGGGUGGCCGUUAUAUCCGGGGGCGUCAGAGUAUGAUCAAAUUCGGUACGUUUCUCAAACGCAGGGUUUGCCAGCGGAGUACUUGUUAAGUGCUGGGACAAAGACAACAAGGUUUUUUAACAGGGAUCCAGACUCUGCUUAUCCACUUUGGAGGCUCAAGACACCAGAAGACCAUGAGGGAGAGACAGGAAUCAAGUCAAAGGAGGCGAGAAAGUAUAUUUUUAACUGUUUGGACGACAUGGCGCAGGUGAACAUGACAACAGACUUAGCGGGCAGCGAUAUGUUAGCAGAGAAGGCAGACCGACGGGAGUUUAUUGACCUGUUAAAGAAGAUGUUGACUAUAGAUGCAGACAAGAGAAUAACCCCCAUUGAAACUCUGAACCAUCCUUUUGUCACAAAGACACAUCUCCUUGAUUUCCCUCACAGCACACAUGUCAAGUCUUGCUUCCAGAACAUGGAGAUUUGUAAGCGCAGGGUGAACAUGUAUGACACCGUUAAUCAAAGCAAGACCCCUUUCAUUACACACGUGGCCCCCAGCACUUCCACGAACCUGACAAUGACGUUCAACAGCCAGCUCAACACUGUACACAACCAGGCCAACCACCUGGCUCCCACCUCCACCAGUGCCACCCUUUCCCUUGCCAACCCCGAUGUCUCCAUACUAAACUACCGCUCUGCACUCUACCAGCCCUCCGCAGUGUCCAUGGCAGCCGUGUCCCAGAGGAGUAUGCCUCUUCAGACUGGAGCAACGCAGCUCUGUGCCACCAGACCCGACCCCUUCCAGCAGGCUCUCAUCGUGUGUCCGCCCGGGUUUCAAGGACUGCAAGCUUCUCCGUCGAAGCAUGCCAGCUACUCAGUGCGGAUGGAAAAUGCUGUCCCUAUAGUCACUCAAGCCCCAGGAGCUCGGCCUUUACAGAUUCAGCCAGGACUACUAACACAGCAGGCCUGGCCUAGCGCGACCCAGCAGAUCCUGCUCCCCCCAGCCUGGCAACAGUUGACGGGAGUGGCAGCCCACUCCUCAGUGCAGCACGCGGCCGUCAUCCCUGAUACCAUGGCAGGGGCACAACAGCUGGCUGACUGGAGGAAUUCUCAUGCCCAUAACAGCCAUUAUAACCCCAUCAUGCAGCAGCCUGCCUUGUUAGCUGGCCAUAUGACACUCCCAUCCGCCCAACCUUUGAAUGUGGGUGUCGCCCAUGUGAUGAGGCAACAGCCAACAGCCAGCAGCUCCUCUUCCAAAAAGAACAAACAGCAUCAGAUGUCGUCAAGGAACAUGUCGGCCUACGAGGUGUCGUCCACGCAGGCAGUCAGCUCCCCGCAGUGCUCGAAGCGUGUGAAGGAGAACACGCCCCCUCGGUGUGCCCUGGUGCAGAACAGCUCCUCGGCCUGCAGCUGGGGAGAGACAGCCUCCAGCACGACCAGGGAGCAGCACCAGAGACAAACCAUCGUCAUCCCGGACACUCCCAGCCCCGCCGUCAGUGUCAUCACCAUCAGCAGCGACACGGAUGAGGAGGAGGAGCAGAAGCACGCCCCCAGCAGCACUAAACAGAGGAAGAAUGUCAUUAGUUGUGUCACAGUUCACGAUUCCCCAGAGUCUGAUUCCUCCAGUAAUAACAGUCCCUAUGCUGUAGAGCACCGCCUGGGCCUUACCAAUGGAAACAGCUACGACUCAAAGGGAGUGCUGGAUAACCACAGCAAUGACAAUUCCCGCACCAUAAUCAUACCGCCACUCAAAACACAGGCCAAUGAAGUGUUGACAGAGUGCGACAGGCUGGUGGUACCAGACACAGUCGCUCAUCACUCAUCAGUGUACAAAUCCAAAAACUCCAGCACAGCGGUCUCUGCCAGCAGUCACUCAUCAGAUAGCUCUUCGGGAGCGUCAGCCUGCAGACAGCAGAGAUCAGGGGCACACUCCUUCCAGCAGCAGCCUCUUAAUCUCAGCCAGGUACGGAAAGACAGGCCUGUCUUAGUCACAUCACGUUUAUUGGCACAGCAGCACUUGGCGGCAGAGAGAACCGGAGGCCACCGCAGGCAGCAGGCUUACAUCACCCCCACAAUAGCACAGGCACCUUACUCCUUCCCGCACCACAGCCCCUCGCACACGGGCGUGCACCAUCACCUGGCAGCCACCACACACCUUCCCGGGCAGCCACAUCUCUACACUUACACUACGCCCACUGCCAUGGGCUCCACAGGGACCGUUGCCCACCUUGUGGCGUCGCAGGGCUCGGCCCGUCACGCGGUCCAGCACACGGCCUACCCUGCAGGCAUCGUCCACCAGGUUCCAGUCAGUAUAGGCCACCGGGUACUCCCCUCACCCACCAUUCACCCCAGCCAGUAUCAGGCGCAGUUUGCCCACCAGACCUACAUCAGUGCAUCACCAGCUUCUGCUAUCUACACUGGAUACCCACUGAGUCCCACCAAGGUGAACCAGUACCGUUACCUCUGAAAACACUGGAGCAAGAACAACGCUGCUUUAGACAGAAAACAUGCAAGGCAUCAGAAAAACGACCCUUUAAACUUGAAGACAAAAAAAUAAAGGAAAGAAAAAAUCACCCUUCAAAGAAGAAGUGGGAGGAAUUUUUUGAAUUUUCUUUUAAAGAAAUAUGAAAAUAAACGGGCCAGUGCUCAUUCAACUAGUAGCAAUCCUUGAAGGCAAAUCUUUCCAUUUUCAACGGCCUGUCCUGCACCAAAAGGCCUUGGAGAAAGUUGCCAUUUUGUAUUUAUUUAUUUUUCGUUUAUUUCGAUUUUUUUAAUGACCAAUAAAUGCAAUGGUAAUUUUUCACUCUACAAGUGACCUCAAAUGGGAAGGUUAUGAUCACCUCACAGUGUAAAAGAUGAAAAAGAUCCAUGCUGCUCUUCAAUGAAAAUUGAUGGCCUUGAACUGUCUAACAAUUUCCAAAUCAGAGAUGAGGGGACAAGCUCCCCCUCAUCACGAUGUGUUUGUGUGUGUGUGUGUGUGUGUGUCUAUAUAUAUAUAGCUUUUCAUUUUUUUAUUCUGUUAAUUUUAAGGAAGUAUAUUCUUUUUCUGGUUUUAUUCCCUUCAAGGUAGAUAUUUUAGCUGGGUCCCUUUUAGAAUGUAGCGGUAUGCUCCCUUUUUAAACUUUAUACCAAUAGAUUUUGUUUCUCUUAAUGUGAUUGCACAAAGUAGAUAACUUGGCAUGUACAAUGUGAUCGUCUAGGUGUGUGUGCUAAUGCCCUGUGUGUGGUCUAUCCUUAGCACAUCUGUGCAACUGUAACUACUCAUAGUCUUAGCAUUUAACAUUGUUCCCUCGUAGUGCCUUACAGAUUUGCAGAUACAGUUUAAAGUUUACUUCACUGGAACUGGCAGAACCGAGGCUGGUUUGGAGGCUACCUAGAUUGAUGAUGUUACUGUUCUUGUGGUCAAGACCCUCUUUUAACUUCCAGAUGUGAGUGAGGCCUGAAAUAGUCUCAUAUGUUAAUGUGUCCAAUCCUGGUCUCUACGAACUGCUAAAUAAGCACAUUUAGUCUGUUUGAUAUUGUAAACAUUGACUCACUGGUUUUGGUAUUAGCUACAAACACUUUUAUGAAAUCUCAACAGAGUUUGGUACUUACUAACGUAACUUCAAUUCAUAACAAAAAUUAUGUUUGUACUACUGGGUUGCAAAUGGUACCUUCCUUGCAGCCAUUAUAUAGAGGUUUUUAUAUACUGUGUUUUUAGUUUUUUUCUCCUGUCACUGUGACACACUGUACCACAACAGCUAUGAGUCAUACCAUGGUAGAAAUAUCUAAUGAAAGAGAUUAGAUUAAAUGAAGUGCCAUAUAAGCAUGCGGCUCUUUGAUAUGUGUGUAUGCAUUUUUAUUGUGAGGUGUAGUUCCAAUGAGAAAUACGAUGAGUUGAGGGGUAUUUUACAGCAGUUAAAGAAAUGUACUAGCUAUGCAGACCAACGUGCUGAUGCUGUAAUCCAACCCAUCGGGUGUCCAUAGAGGAUCUGUAAUCUAUUGAACUUCUGAAACGGGACUGAUUCUGACAUUCAGAGGCUGGGGAAGGGAAAGGGGAACACCCCUUUGACAGCCUGUUACAGUACGCUGUAUAUCCCUUACUGGACGGAUUACUACAUUACCACCCAUGGCUCAACUCGUCUUGUUCACUUAAGUAUCCCCAUGCAGUAAGUGAGGUAUGGUUCCUUUGACAGAGAGAAUCUUAGUGUAUUUAUUGGCAUGUCAUUUUCUAAAUUAGCCAGCCAAAUAUAAACUCAGUGAAAGAGUUGACUAUUUGUAUGGGAUGUGUGAGAUUUGUGAGGCGUUGACAAGAAAGAUCAAAGAGAGAAUUGGUGGGGUGGGUUUCACCAGUUUUGGAAUAGAGUUUUGGGGUCGAGUAUGUUGGUGCAAAAAAUGAAUGGUGUCAAAAUGACACAUAACUGUUUGAAUAAAUCUGUUACUGUGACUUAUUGAAAUGAUUCAGGUUUAGUUGGUGGUCCUGUUAAAUAUUCAAACAGAUUUCAACUGAAGAUAUCGUGUGGGAAAAUUCACAAAGCUGUGGUUUAGCCUACACCUGGAAGAAGCUUUUUGGAAUUUUGUUUAAAUUGUAAACAACAUGUUAAAGUUUGUUCUACAGGAUAGAAAUGAAAAAGCUUAGAAUGGAUAUCUAGAUGCUAUGUUUGACUUGAUAAUUAGACCAAGGCGUCUUCUAUUUGCUGCUUAAUUUGAAACAUGUAGGGGUGUUUUGGUGUAUUUCUUUAAGCUUUAUUUUAGCCAGCCUUUCAGGUUUGAUUUUGUAAUCUAUUUCUUUAUAUUAUAUGAAUUAGGCACAUACAACAGCUUGGUGAAGAAAGUGAUUUGUGUUUUAGAUCCUUUUUUAUGCUGUGUUCCUUAGCUAUAUAUCCGUUAACAUUUUGGGUAGACCCAUAUUAGUUGGUUCAGCAUAAAUUAUAUGUAAAUGCUAAAGUAGUUUUCUAGUGAAGGUGUGUUAGCAUUUAGAGGUUGUUGCAAUACUUUUAGUGCACUGUACUAGCUAUAUGAAUUGAUUAAUUUGUAUACUUGCUUGGUUUUGUUUAUUUA